AUGUUUUCUUCGAUAGAUAAAAUUAUUCAGAAUAACUCCAAAUACUUGAUAGAGUCGUUUAGGAGAAUACUGGAAUCCAAGAAAGAUACAGUGUUCUGUGGUCCUUUGAGAGUUGAAGAUUUUGAUAAAAAACUAUUAAGUAUCGAUUGGAAAUUUCCUGAUGAGUUCCAGUUUUAUGGUGUUGAGAAUAAAGACCAAUAUAUUGAUUACUGUUUAAGUUUAGCAAUUACUGAUCUAAUUACUGAUGACGAUGAAUCUGACGACAAAAGAGAAAAUGAAACAGAAACUAUUGGUAUAUUGAUGGUUUUACUAGACUAUAGAUUCCUGGCGAAAGAAUCAUGGAGUGAUCCUAAGACUUGGGCAACAUCAUAUUUCAAUUUAUUCUCAAAAAUCUUGGAUUUAUUAAAUUGGCCCUACCAAGUAUCAGAAUUUUGGCCAUAUGUUGAAUCACGUAUCACUUGGUUUAAAAUUGGUAAUAAUUUAAUUAACGAGAAUGAAUUCGGAUCAAAUACAAAUUUGAUCAGUUACAGAUUACCAUUAUCGACUAGUUUGCGUAAAUGGAAUACUAAACUUAACAGUAUAUUAAAUGACAACAAUAAAAUAUACAAUGCACAAAGUUAUAUCAUGAAAUUUAAAUUUGACAAAUUUUUAUCUGAAUUAUUACCAAUUAACGAAGAAUCAAACUUUAAUAGAUCUGGUUCUUUAUACUAUGAAAAUGUGAAUAGUCGACGUGAUGUAGCAUUUAACAAUAAUGGAAGCAAGUUGGCUCCAAAGGAUAAGUUUGCACAAGACUACCAUUUAGUUAAAAACAAAAUAUUUGACAACCCGAUAAAUCUUUACUUCAAUUUAUUGGAAACAAAAGGCUCGCUCAAUAAUUACUUAAUGCCAUUGUUAAAUGAUCUCUUGAGAGUAGAAGAUCUUUUUUAUAAUUACAAACAGAAAGAAACAAAAAAAUUAUUCUUAAUGAACUUUCAAAGUAAUAAAAAUUAUCCAUCUAACUUUGACAUUAAGAAUAGUAAUGGUAUGAAAACCCCAAGUUAUUUGAAGCUUCAAACUCAUGGCACUAAAAUUAGAUUGAAGGAAUGGAAAAAUUUUAUGAAUCAAUUUAGUUCUUCAAAAUUAAUGAUAUCACCAUCAUUUUUGGAGCUUUCGAAACUAGAUACAAAUUUUUUAUACUACCAGAUGAUUAAAAAAAAUAACGAUUUUUUCAGAAAACAAUUCAUAUUGCAACUAUGUUUUGUGAUCGGAAUAUUUUUACAAAUAUCAGAAUCUCCUGAAGUUAGAUCAUUUUAUGUCAAUAGUCUGCAAAAGGACAAUCCAUCAAAAAGAAUUAGUAACAUGAACGAGGAAUCGAAUAUUCAAAAAUCGUUAGUGGCUUUUUUCAAAAACUUAUAUGAAACAAGAAUUAAAGCAUUUUACGAAGAAAAAGAUCCAAAAUUUAUGAAUAUACUAAACCUAUUGAUUAAUUCUGAUUCACAAUAUUUAAAGGCAAAAAUUGAUGGUUUUAAGGAAUUCCAACUAGAUGAAACCAACGCAUUUCAAUUCCAUUCUAUCGUUGUUGAUAGGUCUUUCAAAAAAUUUGGCUUCAUAAAAUUAGGUAAUAAAGAUAUAAAUACUGUGUGGAAAAUUGAAACCGGUAUCGAUGUUAUAAAAGAAAAUUACGUAGAUCCGACUAAAAUUUACAAUGAAUUAGAAAACAAAUAUGAAUCGGGAGGCUUUGAGGAAGAAACAAAAACAGAAAAUGACACCAUUGUGAAAGAAUGGCAAACUUUAAGAUUGUUGAGAUCUAAGUAUGUCUUUAAGUUUGAUAGUUUUGAUGAAGACAAGGGUAUUAAAAGUUUAUUUGAUAAAUCUAAGAAGGUAGAAAGCAACAAGAAAAUUGAGGAUAUUAUCGACGAAAUGAAUACCGAAAUAAAAGAGCCCCAUGUCAAAAAAUUACAAGAGGCUAGGCUGUUUAUGAAAAAGUUAAAUGAAAAGAAAAGAAAACUAGAGGAGGAACAUCAAGAAUCACUUGGAAAAAAAUUAAAACCAGAUGACGGUUCAGCCUCUUCACAGAAAGAUCAAUCUGAAAAAAAACGAGUCACUCCUGAAGAAGAAGGAGAAAUAAAUAAAAAUAAAGAGGCAAAAGAAGCAAGUGAUUGUGAUGCUAGCAAUGGUGAGAAGAAUACAAACGUAACAGAGAGCACAGAUAAAACCUCAGCGGAUGAAGAGAUUAUUAGUACUGAAAAUGAUAAUGACCAUUUAAUAGUAAAUCCAGAAGAAGCUAAUCAAACUCGUGAAGAAAGUGCUUCAAAUAACGAGAGAGGAGAAAAUCAAUUCUAUUUCAAAACUUAA